AUGCAUGAUUUGAAGGGGCACAUUGAAAAUUUUCGCCGUCAGCUACGAGCACUGAGAUUCCGGCACGAUGUCGAUUAUUAUGGACUCUCUAAGGGAAACCCCGGGGCAUUUCUGGAGUUCUAUCGCCACUUGUUAUGCGAUCACAGUACAGAAUUGACGAAACUUCUAGUCGGAAAAGGUUUCGCGAUUUUGGGCACUUCCGACUAUCGAUUUAUGGAGACUGUUUAUCGUAUGCUACGUGAUUUGCUGCGCCUGCAUCCUCCAAUCACGCUGACUCAGUUUUAUACCAACGGUUUCGCGGAGAAGAAGUUGGAAAUGGCCUGUCAGAUUACUGCUCAGUGUGGAUCGCUCAUUGCUCGCUCAUCAGCUAACACACGUUUAACCAAGCAAGGUAAUCUGCGUCGCGGCCGAGGCUCUUGUCAGACGUCCGGGAUCACCUAUUCCAUUCCUUUUGUCCUGCCUGAGGUGUCAUGCAUUCCUGUCGAAGCGGACAAUCAUCAGCCUGUCAACGAAUAG